AGAGAGAGAGAGAGAGAGAGAGAGCUAACAGAACAGAAGGGAAACAGAAAGAAAAGGACCGAACGCGAAUUGUUUGAAUGGAACAAAUGGAACCAGCGCGAGAUACAAUGUAGCGCUGAUUAAAGGCAGGAAUGCGCGGAAUGCUUUGAUGUUGCGUUCGACGUUCGAAAGUGUAUCGCGGACUUUUAAAGCUGUUUCGGGCAUCCGCAUAUCGGCUUGAGAUGAGAAGGCAGAUCGCCGUGGCUUCGGUGCUGUUGUUUGGACAGAUGAGUGGCUAUUUAUGUGCGUUUUGUUUUCACAUAGGCUCGUUGUGUUGAAGCAGAAUGGGAUAUGUCUGGAACGCGGACGGUUACUUUUAUUUUUGACGAUUAUUUUGAGCACAGAACGGACGAUCGUCCCGGUGGAUGUACCUCCGUGGUCGCCAAUAAACUCUAUUGAACUCUAUAGACUUUUUGGAGGUCGGUGCAAAAAAUGUUCAAUUCAUGCAUCUACAUUUUUCUUUAGAUUUCUUAAAGUAAUAAAAUAGGCAUUGCUGUUCAUAGAGAGUUCUAAGUUUAUUAUAUGCUGAAAUGAAUGACUCAAUAUAUAACGACUUGCUGUGGAUAUGGAAGUUUCGUAUGCUUUAGAAUAGAAUAGUUGUCAUUUUUUCAUCACUGGAGGAGUGUUGACACAAGACUGAUAUUGGAGUGAAUCAAAGUGAAGUUUUACCUCCUCCUGCCAAAACUUGAAAGCGCUGUUCAUCUAGAACUCCUUAUUUACACGUCUUAAAGUGGUGACCGUGAGUAGUGGCGCUGAGAACCAUGGAGCAUCUCAGUGAGUCAUGCCUGGGGAAGGAGAACUGUGAGAUGGUCAAUAAUAUGAACGACACCAAGGCCCCUCCAGCCAAGCUGGCCCGCCUGGAACAGAACGGAAGCCCGCUGGGAAGGUCUCGACUAGGCAGCACUGGAGCUAAACUCUCCGGAGUGCCCUUCAAACCUGCAGGACAUCACCUGAAGACAUGCCACAAGAGGGGUAACAUGCUGCCUGUGUUUUGCAUAGUGGAGCAUUACGAGAGCCCCAUCGAGUUCGACAGCAAAGAGGAACAUGCUGAAUUCGUGCUGGUCCGAAAGGACAUGCUUUUUAAUCAGUUGAUCGAGAUGGCCCUACUCUCGCUGGGUUACUCGCACAGUUCUGCUGCACAGGCUAAAGGUUUGAUUCAGGUGGGCAAGUGGAACCCCGUGCCUCUCUCCUAUGUGACGGAUGCGCCCGACGCCACAGUGGCAGACAUGUUACAGGAUGUGUACCAUGUGGUCACGCUGAAAAUCCAGCUUCACAGUUGUCCUAAACUGGAAGAUCUUCCGCCAGAGCAGUGGACCCACUCUACAGUAAGAAAUGCCCUCAAGGAGUUACUCAAAGACAUGAACCAGAGCUCUCUGGCUAAAGAAUGUCCUUUAUCACAGAGUAUGAUUUCUUCAAUUGUUAACAGCACUUACUAUGCAAAUGUUUCUGCGGCGAAGUGUCAAGAAUUUGGACGCUGGUAUAAACAUUUCAAGAAGACAAAAGACAUGAUAGUUGUGCGCCAGCCCUCCCAGCUGGAGGGAUACCUGGGGUCGUGUGUCCUGCACGACAGUCCACGUGCCACCACAUUAGCCGAGAUGGACGGCCUCUCCGAUCUUUCUCCACCCGGAACCAACCACCUCAGCUUCAGCCAGCAGCCCAUUCCGGGCAGCACCGCGGAGCAGCCCCCGUCCCCGGUUCCCCUGUCCCACAGCAGUCAGGCCCCUGGAAGGGCCCAGCUCCCCGGUCUCCAUCCCGGCCUGGUGUCCACGCCUAUCAGCCCUCAACUGGUGAACCAGCAGAUCGUCAUGGCUCAGAUCCUUAACCAGCAGUAUGCCGUUAACCGCCUCCUUGCUCAACAGUCGCUGAGUCAGCAGUACCUAAACCACCCGCCUGUCAACCGUGCGCUCAACAAACCGCUUGACGCGCAGGUGUCCACCAACUCCGAGGUCUCCUCUGAGAUCUACCAGUGGGUGAGGGACGAGCUGAAGAGGGCGGGCAUCUCGCAGGCAGUAUUUGCCCGGGUCGCCUUCAACAGGACGCAGGGUCUUCUGUCUGAGAUUCUCAGAAAAGAGGAAGACCCCAAGACAGCGUCUCAGUCUCUCCUUGUCAACCUACGAGCGAUGCAGAACUUCCUGCAGCUUCCGGAGGUGGAGCGAGAUCGCAUCUACCAGGACGAGAGGGAGCGUAGCUUGACCGCGGCCUCUGCAAUGGGGCCCGCGCCCCUCAUUAGCACCCCUCCCAGUCGCCCUGUCCAGCCCAGAAGAGAAGAGUGUAACAAUGUGAGACCAGAGGACUGGAAUCCAAGAAUUCCAGUGGGCAUCUCACCUGUGAAGCCCAGCCCUCUGUCCUCUGAGUGGAACGGGAAGUCUGAGAACUGUGUGUUAAACAUCAACUCGUCCAUCUAUGAUGAAAUCCAGCAGGAGAUGAAGAGAGCCAAAGUGUCCCAGGCCAUGUUUGCCAAGGUCGCUGCAUCAAAGAGCCAGGGCUGGCUUUGUGAACUCCUGCGCUGGAAGGAAGACCCGUCCCCGGAGAACCGCACACUCUGGGAGAACCUUUCUAUGAUCCGCCGGUUUCUCAGUCUGUCCCAAUCAGAACGGGACGCCAUAUACGAGCAGGAGAGCAACGGAGGACAGCAGCAUCACACUGACAGACCCGCUCACAUGCUGCACAUGCCCACAGACCCCCUACAGGCUCAUCAACAGCCGUCCUCUCAACUCCAGGUGCCCCUGCCCUUGCCGCACCCCUCCCAGCCGCCUCUGUCCCAGCAGCCCUUACAUCAGCAACAACAGCAGCAGAUGGGACCGCGACUCCCCCCGCGACAGCCCUCUACGGCUUCACCCGCCGAGUCUGAGGAUGACAACCGCUGCAAGAGUCGCCAGGGCAACCGCAUCUCCAUGGAAGCGCUGGGCAUCCUGCAGAGCUUCAUCCAGGACGUGGGGCUUUAUCCGGAUGAGGAGGCCAUCCACACCCUCUCGGCCCAGCUGGACCUGCCCAAACACACCAUCAUCAAGUUCUUCCAAAACCAGCGCUUCUAUAUCAAUCACGCCGGCAAGCUGAAAGAAGGACCCAUCGGGUUCCCCUCCAACAACAACAACAACAAAGACGAGGGCCUGACAGACUUGAACGAGGGCGGGUUGUUAACGGAGCUCGACGAUAGCAUCCAGACCAACAGCACAAUGUUCUCCAUCAAAAUCGAAGAGCACCUGGCGUCCGAAACGCACGUCCAGGGCCAGGCCCAAACUGAGCAGGAGGCUAAAGAGUGAUGGUGGCCUCGCUUACCUCUUUGUUUGCAUUGAAAUUUUAUUCUCAUACCUCUCACGUUCUCGCUAUCUGUGUUCCAUGGGCGAAACUGUAAGACUUUUAAAGUAAGACUGAAUAAUGCAGAGGUAAUUAACUUUCACAGUUUUGUAAAGUGUGUAUGAUUUCACUGUAAAGACUCAUGCAUUAUUUCAAUAAUCUGCACAACUAAACAAAAUCUUAAAAAAAAAAAAAAAACUCUUAAAGGGAUAGUACACCCAAAAAUGAAUUCUGUCAUUAUUUACUCACCCUCAUGUUGUUCCAAACCAGUAUGACUUUCUUACUCACAUGGAACAAAGAAGGUUAAUUUCUGAAGAAUAUCUUGGGCCCCAGUCACCAUUUAUUUCCAUAUAAUGAAAGUGAAUGGAGAAUGAGGCUGUCAAGCUCUAACAUGAUAAAAACUUAAUAUGUAUAAAGAAAUUAAAAAAAAGAGAUUUUCUGUGUUGAACGACAUUAAUUUGGGUUUGUUUGUCAUAAAAAGCUAUCAAAUGGCUUCAGAAGACUUGAAAUAGAGUGCAUGAGUCAUAUGGGCUACUUUUAUUAUACAUUUAUGGAGCUUUUGUUAUUGUUUCAAAGCUUUACAGCCCCAGUCCUCAUUCACUUUCAUUAUGCACUGCAAACAUUAUUGUCUUACUCAGUAUUUUGUCUUACGUUUUCCAGUGAAAGAACCUAUACAUCCUGAAAGCAAAAUGGCACAAGAUAUUAGGACUUGUUUUCAGAGUAAUCUGACCAAAUUUGGUGCAGUUCAUGCUUAACACAAGUAAUAACCAUUUGCCAAUGGGGUAAGAAAAAUGAAAGGAAAGGAAAGCAAGCUUUUUUUUUCUUACCCCAUUGGUGAAUAUUUUUUUGUAUCUUGUUAUAAACCUGUCAAAAUUUAGUUUGAUUUCUCUGAAAAUAAGAGUCAAUACAUCAUUUUGCAAAUCAAGUAAAAGUAUCUUGUUUUAAGUAUGUUUAGGUAUCUUUACAUACUGACAAGAAAGUGAUUUUUUACAGUGUAUGGCCUGAGUGGCCGGGAUAUUUAUAUUAAAAAAAAAAUCAUAUUUUUGUUGCACGGAAGAAAAAAAGUAACAUGGGUUCGGAAAAACAUGAGUGUUAGUAAAUAAUUACAGAAUUUUCAUUGACUGGGUGAACUAUUUCUUUAAGUCAACAGUAUGUUGCUGUGGAUAUUUGCCGACUGCCCUUGUUGUCUGUUUUUACACUGAUUUCGAACUACUGAUUUUAAAAAAGGAAAAGUCAACGGAGUUUGAUAGACUUUGAUGUUUACGUAUGUGAUGUUAACUGGAUUUUUUUUAAAUGCAUGAUAUUGGAGAAAAGGGGUAGACAAAGGCCUUAAUGAUGAGGUACUGGGUCGAAGCACUGCUGGCUGAUGAGUUAUUUUCUUUGAAAUAAAAAGAAGAAUCGCUCCGUCUCUGAAUCCUUUUGACCUGCAGGUGAACCGGGGAAAACGGCUCAAUCUUAUUAUUUGGUUUGAAGAAAUAUAUAUAUAUAUAUAUAUAUAUAUAUAUAUAUAUAUAUAUAUAUAUAUAUAUAUAUAUAUAUACAGACAUAUAUAUUAAUUGUAAAAAAAAAAAAAAAAAGAUAUAUAUACAGUCUUAAACUAUGCCAACAAAUGCCUUGUACUAUAUACUGUAUGGCACUGCCGAUGUUAGAUUAUUUAGCAAAACUUUGGUCACUGUAAAAUUCUGGAUUUCCACAGUUUGAAAUGUGAAUCACAACCUCGUUUUCAGCAUCGUUUCGGCAUCGUUCGGCAUUAUUUAUUUUUUGGUUCAUGCCGUGUUCUGAUGUAAUUACGUUUUCCGAACAUUUUACCGCCACCUGAUGCUUUUCGUUUUACUGAUCUUUUUCUAUUUAUAAAGGUAAUUUUGAUGGGCAGUAAAAUCAGAAAGUGUCUUAAGCGUUUUAAAUUGAAAAUGUGCUUUAACAGUUGCCUAAAAAAGUGCUGUAUGUCGAGCAACUCAAGCGAGCUUCACAAUUAAUGUUGUAUGCAAUUUUUACUAUCAUGCAAAUAAGCUUAGGUAAAACGACUAACCUAUAGAUCACCUUAGAGAUGAAAACAUAUGCAAUUGGUGUGAAAUUGAUGUUUUCAGUGUGUCUUCCUUUGGUUAAUGAUCCAAUUCAAAGCUAUUCCUGUAUAAAUAUGAUGUAUAAAAAAAGUGUUUCUUUUUUAUGAGUUUAUUGCAAUGAGAACACCAGUUAUUUUGUUACGACUGACUGUUUUAUAAGUGUUUCUCUGUUUCUUUAUGCAGAAAUGUUCUAACUAGGAGUGGUUGCUGAUCGUUAAUGACACAAUUAAACCGUUUGUAUUGUACUUCUGAAUCUUUGCGUUAAUGUGACGAUGCAUUAAAGAUAUCCACAGCACAGGCUGAAUUUAAAAAGCUAGCAGAGACGUUCUUGUUGGUCUUUCCAGUAUUAUAUAAGGAAUACCCUCCUGGGGGGGCGGGGCUGGAUAAAGUCAUAUUAAAGGUGUGUUUGAGGGUAAAUAGAUGGCAGGUGUUAAGUCUUUGUUAAUGAGAUGAUCUGCAGGGAUUGGAGGUGUAAAGCUGUGAAGGUGUGUUGACUUCUCAGUGAACUCCAGGUGAAGAGCUGCAUAUGGAAAACUACUUUGCAGAUAUGGAGAACCAUCCACAUGGAGGUAAAACAUCAGUGACCUCUAUGUAACCACAGAUUCCUUUUUCCCUUAAAACAUAAGCCCCAAAACAUCACAAAUGUUUUGUUGUAUUUGCAGACAUUUUUAGGGAUGAUUAAUUAAAAGAUCAUGAUAUAUUCUUUCAAGUGCAAAAAAUUACUGCUGACUUGAAGAGGAGGAUAUAAGCAAGAUUUUUUAAAAUGCAAAUCAAGUAUCGCUCUAAACUGUUCAAUAUACAGUACUUUUGUGCAUAUAUAUUUAUAUGUAUAAUGAAAAGCCAUUGCUUUGACAAAACAAAUGAAACAAACUUUGUAUAUGCAUAUUCAUGAGGCAGGAGAGAGGAUACAUGCAAGUUUGUACAUAACUGUAAUAUAUAUGAAAGCGAAAAUGCAUAACUACAGGUCUGCAGAUUGUUUGCUACAUUUUUUUCUUGUCAAACAGACAGCAAUUUAGACACAGGCAUUAUUGCAAAUGGGGGCCUAACUUGGAAGGUUUUUGUUUAUUUUCGUUUUUGACGUUUAAUAUUUUAAUGUGUACACUAACAGGUAUCACAGUUUCAUGAAAAUGUUAAAUAAAGUUCCUUGUACCAUGGAGGCCCCUGACUGAAAUGUAUUCCAAUGA